CUUGAACACAGCUCCAGGCCCUUGAACACCAACAGGAACCAGGCUUCCCUCCCCAUCUGUCGCCGCUCGUGCCCGCUCGGUUAAGGGGCGUGUGCGCGGUCCCGAGACACCAGGAAAUAUGGCGGCGCUCAUGACUCUCAGUCAGUUAUCCAGUGGUUCCCCAGCCUAUGAGACCUACUACAGACAGCUGGAUCCUGGAAACACGGGCAAAAUAUCGGCCGGAGAUGCAGCUCAGUUCCUGAAGAAGUCAGGGCUGUCGGACAGCACGCUGGGGAAGAUUUGGGAUUUGGCGGAUUCGGAAAGAAAAGGCUAUUUGGAUAAGCGGGGUUUCUUCAUAGCUUUGAGACUGGUGGCCUCAGCGCAGGGUGGAAAUGACAUCAGCCUUAACAAUCUCAAUCAAACCUUAGCCGCUCCCAAAUUUAAAGACACUAACAGCCCGUUAUUAAGUGCUUCGACUGCAGGACCUGAUGCACAGUGGGCGAUUAGGCCUGAUGAAAAAGGGAAGUUCGAAGGCAUCUUUGAGAGCCUCGCUCCUGUAAACGGUCUCCUCUUUGGUGAUAAAGUCAGGCCUAUUUUGAUCAACUCCAAGCUACCUCUGGAUGUGUUAGGAAAGAUUUGGGACCUGAGUGAUGUCGACAAAGAUGGAAGCUUGGACAAAGAAGAAUUCACGGUGGCCAUGCAUCUCGUGUAUCGCACCAUGGAAAACGAGCCUAUCCCAGCUACCUUACCUACUUCCCUCAUCCCCCCUUCAAAAAGAAAGAAGUUUGCAAGUGGACUGCCAGGUGCCGUCGCUGUGCUUCCUGCUCUGUCCGGGUUCAUGGCCGGCCCCGCUCCUCUUAAGGAUUCCCUGCGAAGCACUCCUCCUCUGGGCAGUGCUACUCUUCUUAACACCAGUGCAGUCAACCUCUCUCCGAAACACUCCUUUAAAUCCAGCUCACCGCCGGCAGUGAACUGGGUCGUGCCGGUGGCGGACAGAGAGCGAUACGAUGACAUCUUCAAGAAAACCGACACCGACAACGACGGCCUGGUUAAUGGAACUGAGGUCAUCGAGAUCUUCAUGCUGUCCAGUCUCUCCCAGACUAUGCUGGCACAGAUAUGGGGACUUGCUGACACUAAACAGACAGGUAAGCUGACCCGGGAGCAGUUCUCUCUGGCCAUGUAUCUGAUCCAGCAGAAGGCCACUAAAGGCAUAGACCCUCCGUCCACUCUAACACCAGACAUGAUCCCUCCAUCGGAAAGGACUACACCUUCAGCAGCGGGUCCUGGCUAUGCGGGGCUUAUGUCAGCUGGGAGACCUGAACUCGCUGCACUUGCUCACAUGCGCAGAGACAGCACCAGCUCCACGGGGUCGGCCGAGCUGACAGGCAUCAAAGAGCUGGAUGACCUCAGCCAGGAAAUAGCUCAGCUGCAGAGAGAGAAAUUUAUUCUGGAGCAGGAGAUCAGGGAAAAGGAGGAAGCCAUCAGACAUCAAAAUAGUGAAGUUCAGGACAUGCAGAACAGCUUGGACAGGGAGAGCAGCACCCUACAGGACCUGGAGUCGCAGAAGCAGGUCGCGCAGGAACGUCUGGAGGAGAUGGACCAGCAGCGAUCCAAGCUGGAGGGAAUGCUCAACGACGUCAAGCAGAAGUGUCAAGAAGAGUCGCAGAUGAUCUCGUCCCUGCAGAGCCAGAUCCGCUCUCAGGAGACCGACCUCCAAAGCCAGGAGGACGAACUGAGCCGCAGCAAGGUGGACCUGAGCCGGCUGCAGGAGGAGGAGGCCCAGCUGGAGCAGAGCCUGCUCUCUGGUCGCGUCCAGCUGGACAGCAUCAUUAAGUCGCUCAAAACCACUCAGGAAGAGAUCAACCAGGCUCGCAGUAAGCUGUCGAUGAUCCAGGACAGCCAGAAAGAGGUGACCAAGACCAUUGAGCAAUACAACAGCGCUUUGAGCGACAUCAACGGAGGAAACUUGAGCAACCUGCCGGACUUAAGUGAAGGGUUCGCCGAGAAGGAGAACGGAGGUUUCAGAAGCACAGACAACUCUUUCAAGUCAAAGAUAGCCAUGUUCAACAACAACAGCAGUGCUAAGGAGCCUCCAGCAGACCCUUUCCAGACAGAGGAUCCCUUUAAGUCCGACCCCUUCACAGAUCCAUUUGGAGGAGAUCCUUUCAAAGAAAGCGAUCCCUUUAAGGGCACCUCGUCUGAAGAUUUCUUCAAGAGAACGGACAAGACGGACCUGUUCGGAUCCUCGGACCCCUUUGGUAGAAAACCAACGCCACCAGCCAAGCCAAGUGCCUUCAGCAGUGGUGACCGUUUCACAUCAAACAGCCCAAAACCGAAAGAUUCAGAUGUGUUUGGGACAGCGGACCCCUUUGGAAGCAACUCUUUCGGAGGAAAGGCGGGUGGAUUUGCCGACUUUAGUCAGAUGUCAAAGAAGUCGGACAACCCCGUGCUCCCUUCAAAGAAGAAUGUGCCUAACCGACCUGCACCUCCCUAUGGUGCGCUCAGUUUGACUGCAUCCGAGCCGACCCAGCCGAGCGUUUUCUCCGCUGUAGACAGUAAAGACUCGUUUGUAACGACACACUCGAGUAAAACGUCCAAAGACUGCCCUGUGGGUUUUGCAGAUUUUGGCUCUUUUGGAAGUGAGAACCAGCAGCUGGAGUGGGCCAAGCGGGAGAGCGAGCGCGAGGAGCAGGAGAGGCUGAGGAGGCUGCGGCUCCAGGAACAACAGGACCUGGAGCUGGCUAUCGCUCUGAGCAGGGCCGACAUGCCCAGCUCCUGACCAGGCAUGAACCCCCACCACAGCUUCUGGUCCUCUCUCUUCUGCCGUACGGUCCUCCUAUCCGCAGGCUCAUGACAGCAGCACCGACACUGGCCCAACAUGACUAGCAGCCCCUGUUACCAAUUUGUGUAAGAGACCAGUGAUUCUCCAGCCGUGACUGGACUCAUGUCAAAUGACUCCACGUUUAGCAACCCGGUUAAGGUUCACUGCUCCCAAAACUACAUGGCAACUAUAAUCAGGGACAAUACGGAGCCACUUGAUUUUAAGCCUGGCUUCAUCCUGCAAGAACAUAGCGAUUUUAACGCAACCUGAACCAGCAGGGUACUCGACUACAACCUAUAUCUAGCUCCAUAUCUUACUAUUGCUAAUCACCCUGACUUAUCCAAAAAAAAGGCUUUCUGCUGCAAGAAAAGAAAUAACCUUUUAAAGAAUAUUUUACUGUUUUAUUUAUAUACAGAAACAUUGAAUCUGUGGUGUAUGAAGUACUUGUAAAAUGCACUGUAUAAACUGUUUUAUAUAACCUUUAAUUACUCAGAAAUAAUCCUAUUGAAAUUCAUUUACGCGGAUUACUCUGUUGGCCUAUGAUCGAUUCUGUCCGCUUUCUUUCCUCUUUGUAAGAAACUCCUUCGUAUUAUCCGACGAUGGUUUUACGUACAAGCCACGGAAGAGCAUCCUUUAAAAAAAACAAAAACCAAACCUGUCUUGAAGGACCGGAUCUUAAUGAUAGUGGCAUGAUAUAGAUUUUUUUUACUAGUGUUUCUUGCCGUCCCAUGCCUGCGUAUGGAUUAUUUAUGGACAUGGAUUGAAGAAAGUUUUGAAUAUAAUCAAAACCAUUAACAGGGAUGCACAUGUCAAAGUAAGAGCAUGAUGUUUGGGGAACUUCUUAUAAGCAUUUUAGUCCUAACUAACAUAGCUCUGGUUAAAUAUGAUUUAGCCCCAAGUUUAUUGGUCACCUAUUUUCAAUAAUGCUAGCGAUAAUCAUUGAGGUCUUCCUUCCUUAUGAACAAAGAUUAUUCCGCACCGUCCCAGCAGCUCGUGUUUGUCAGAUGGUUUAUCAUUGGUUGGCUCCCGUACAACUAAACGCCUCUAUAAAAUGGAAAUGGUGUGAACUUACAUUGUUUAUACUGGUGCUGUUACACUUCGCUUUCACACUACCACUGAUGCACAUGCAACGUGCUUCUCUGUUCUCUCAACCUUCAGAUCAACUCUUGGAUCCUUUUUUUUUUUUUUUUUGGUUUUGUUUUUCUUUAAUGUCUCAUGAUCCACUCGGAGGACAUUUGUUUAAAACGCCUUAAAAUAUUGCAUCCGUAAUUAUCCAACACUAAUCAGGUUUAUUCGGCACAUAAUGUAUGCACUGUAUAUUCCAGAGUUGACUGGAUAUGUACAGAGUGACAGGGCCUUAUUUAUCAACAUAUCAACAUGUAGUAUUGCACAAUAUGUAUGUGAUUAUUAACAGUUGCUCCAAACUGUAAUAACUUUUAAUUGAAUAAAAGUGAUUUUUAACAUUCCUGAAAACAAGGUAAGACUUGUCUUUUGAAAUAUUGUGUCACAGCAGGUCACGAAUAGUUUUUGUAGUUAUGAAAAUGAAAACGUCAGUUGCUCGGUAUAAAAUUUACGUUAGACGGCCUCGAGGAACAAUAGCUCAACAUUGCACAGAGAUGACGUGUUGUGAAGGAGCAACUUAGGUCAACUCUAUUCUUAGAGCUUACAGGCAGAUAAAAAUGGACACUGAAUCUUAAAAGAAUUGUUUUUGUCUCCUAGUUCUGCAUUGAUAUUGGAACAAAAAAGGUGAAAUGAGACUGAUACAUUUGCAUCUACCACUGCAGAUUUUUUUUUUACCUAGUGUAUACUUCCUCUUUUUUUUUUUAUAUCAAUAAGAGUAAACAGUCGAUCGACACAUCUAAGUCGCAGACAGUGUAUAUUUUGUUAUGGCUGAAGAGAUGAAAUAACCGCAGGGUCUUGAUGGAAGGUGUGGUGUUAAUCAAGUUAUUUUAAAGUUUUAAACAUCGUGGCAACAGAAAGAAGAGUCUCGUGUCAGUCACCAGCCACACAUUUGAAGAAAAAUGUUUAAUAUUUAUCUAAUCUACUUUUUUCUUCUUCUUCUUUUUUUUUUUUUGGAAACGCCAUCUGGCUUUGAUACUCAGCGCUGCUCUUUGAUGCGGGAGAAACAAAUGCUCACUGACACCAUGCAGACAUGAUGUGCACAGACUCAACUACUUUGAAACUAUAGUGCAGAGUGACUGUGUGUAAUUGUAGUAUUAAGGCUCUUUGAUGUCCUUACUAUAAUUUCUACCCAUCAGAAAGGGAGUCUAAGGGCUCCCUGAUGAGGGUUUGCUGUGCCCCUCUGUCCAGACGGCUCCUGGCUCACUCUGUAAUUAUGGAAAUGGAGUGUUUGUAUUUAUAGGUUAAGCCCACAAGCGGCUGCCCUUCUCUGUCUUGCAGCUGCAAAACAUCACAGUGGAAAUCAAGUGCCCAUGUUUUAAAUUAAAGUGCGUAUACAAUGGCAA